AGCUCAAUGCCAAAUCAGCUGUGCUACUUGAGUUUGCGAGAUCUCUCUGUAUUGCGUUUACGUACGUUGACGGGAAAUACAUGUACGCUGUGUUGUUAUUGGGAAUGCCGUAAAUCCACUAGAGAAAUAUAAUCAUUUGAUGCCAUCUAUCUCGCAAGUUUUCACCAUGCCAAAUCCAUCGGUACGACGAGAGGGACCGAUGAAACUUCGGUUGACAGUUCUAUGUGCUAAGAACAUCAGCAAGAAGGAUUUUUUCAGGUUGCCCGACCCGUUUGCCAAGGUAGUGGUUGAUGGAUCAGGACAGUGCCACUCGACAGACUACUGCAAAGGAACUCUUGAUCCAAAAUGGAACCAGCAUUAUGACUUAUUCCUGAGUCUGAGCGACAGCAUCACACUGAGUGUAUGGAAUCAUCGGAAGAUCCACAAGAAGCAGGGGGCUGGUUUCCUGGGCUGUGUCAAGAUUCUUUCCCAUGCCAUCCAGAGACUCAAAGACACUGGUUAUCAAAGGUUAGAUCUAUGCAAGCACAAACCCGAGGAUGGGGACAACAUCCGCGGUCAGAUCGUCAUUAGCCUUACGUCUAGAGACCGGGUGGGGUCAUCGGCGAGCGGAGCGGUGGUCGACUCCCGCAACAUCAACCCUCAUCCUAUGCUACCUUCGGAUCCCAACGAACUGCCUGAUGGGUGGGAGGAGCGUAUGUCAACCUCAGGUAGAGUCUACUAUGUCAAUCACCUCACAAGAACAACACAAUGGGAUAGGCCAACAAGGCCUGCAGUGGAGUGCACCCAAUCCCAAGCACCCUCAUCACGGACGUCCACCCAUGCCAACGGUCACCAUAACAACCACCAUCACCACUCCUCCACCUCCUCAACCUCAUCUCAACCUCAUCAUAGAGGAACGAGUCAUGGCGACAGAGGGGGAGGGGGAGGGGGAAGUGGCGAGGGUCACGAAGGGGUGCGGCCGGGGGCGUCCAGUCGGCACGGGGGGCCUGCACCAUCGGAAGAGCAGAACAAGUACACCAGGAGGGCAACAUCUAGGAUGAGGAACUACAUGAAUCGAUCAACGCUGCAUAGAGUCAUCGAUCUACCCGAGGGAUAUGAACAACGGACGACCGCACAAGGCCAGGUCUACUUCUUAGACACCAGCUCGGGGGACAGUACGUGGCACGACCCCCGACUCCCCCGUGACCUUCACAUCAACGAGGCUGACCUUGGAGGGCUCCCUCCUGGUUGGGAGACGAGACACACGGCUACUGGAAGGGUCUACUACGUGGACCAUAACAACAGGACUACGCAGUUCACAGAUCCUAGGCUGGACGCACAGAUCAUCAACAGAGCAAUGUCCAAGCAAAACGGCAAUACAGACUCCUCGCCGGUACCAAAGUACAAGCGGGACCUGGUCCAGAAGAUGAAGUUACUACAUGCAGAGCUAGCGACGGUCCAACCUCAGACAGGACACUGUAGGAUAGAGGUCGGAAGGGAAAACAUCUUUGAGGAAUCUUACCGUCAGAUCAUGAAGCUGAAACCGAAGGACCUGAGGAAACGUUUGGCCAUCAAGUUCAAGUCUGAGGAGGGUCUUGACUACGGGGGCAUCACCAGGGAGUGGCUCUACCUCCUCUCUCAUGAGAUGCUCAACCCUUACUAUGGCCUCUUCCAGUACUCCAGGGAUGACAUCUAUACAUUACAGAUCAACCCAGACUCAGGAGUCAAUCCAGAACAUCUGUCCUACUUCCAUUUUGUGGGACGAGUGAUCGGUCUUGCCAUCUUCCAUGGUCACUACAUAGAUGGAGGGUUCACCAUGCCGUUCUACAAGCAGCUUCUUGGAAAGCCAGUCAGUCUCGAGGACAUGGAGACCGUAGACCCUGAGGUCUACAGAAGUCUGGUCUGGAUACUAGAGAAUGACAUCACCGGUAUAUUGGAGAACACGUUUGCAGUGGAACACAACUCAUUCGGUCAAAUGCAGAUCCAUGAACUCAAGCCCAAUGGGAUCGACAUCCCAGUCACAGAGGAAAAUAAGAAGAAAUAUGUCAAAUUGUUUGUGCAAUGGCGUUUCUUGCGUGGCAUCGAGCCCCAGUUCCUGGCUCUCCAGAAGGGCUUCCAUGAGCUCAUCCCGCCGAGGCUCCUCAAACCGUUUGACGAGCGCGAGCUGGAGCUCCUCAUCAAUGGCCUCGGUAAGAUCGACGUCGAGGACUGGAAGAACAACACCAGGCUCAAGAACUGUUCGCUGGAGACGGCCAUUGUCCAGUGGUUCUGGCAGGCGGUGGAUUCGUUUGAUGAGGAGAAGAGGGCGAGAUUGCUUCAGUUUGUUACUGGAACGUCCAAGGUGCCUUUGGAAGGUUUCAAGGCCCUGCAGGGUUCUACCGGUGCGUUGAGUCCACGUCUGUUCACCAUUCAUCAAAUAGAUGCCAACACUGACCUGUUACCCAAGGCACACACGUGCUUUAACCGCCUUGACCUCCCACCGUAUGAGAAUUACUCCAAGUUCUUUGACAAACUGACGUGUGCUAUCGAGGAGACGUGUGGCUUCACCGGCGAAUGAGAUGACUGAUCUUUCCACAGAACUGCUUUAGUAUUAUGUGCACCAUCUUCACUGAUUGGGGUUUGUUGUUAUGAAUUGGAGUGCAACGGAAGUAGGAAAUGGCUGGAUUAGGAGUGCAGUUAUCUAUGGAUAGGCAGCAAACAGGCAGCGAAGAGCUUUGAAGAUAUUCAUGAAGGACUCUCCAACCUGACCUGUAAAAUCAUGUGCACUGCACCA